AUGAACCAACCUAAGCCAGUCCAGAUCCGGCUCCCCUUCUCUGUGCCUCGCCCUAAGAAGGGCCAAGCGCCCCCUUCCAGAGUAUGCGGGAUGUUAAACGAUAGUCGAUAUACCUGCCCGAGAUGUAAUGUCGCGUACUGCGGACUGGACUGUUUCAGGUCCGAGAAACACGGCCAAUGCUCAGAAGGGUUCUAUCGCGAGACGGUAGUUAAUUCCAUCUCGGCCGAUCCUGGGGCGGGGAUGGAGGAGAAGAAGGGGAUGAUGGAGAUGCUUAGGAGAUUCGAAGAGGAUCAGGAUGGGGGAGAGGGCAUGUUGGCGGAGCUUGAGGAUGAGGGCGAGGAGGGGAAUGAGCUGGCAAAGAAGCUUGCUGGCGUGAAUAUCGACGAGAUAGACAGUAACGCCCUCUUCCAUCUCUUACCGCCAGAACACCGAGACAAGUUCCUUGCCGCGUUGAAAGACCCAGAAUCGGAAGCAGCGAAACACCUCGUCGAGCUUGCCGCUGAGGAAGACGAGGGGUCUGCUAUGGCUAUACCGGAUGUUAUGCCGUGGUGGGAGGCGCCGGACGUCCCAGAUGACGAGGACGAGGGGGAGCAGUAUGCGGAUAUGCCGGAUGUUGUGGCUGAGGAGGUGUUGGCUGGGAUCCACCCGCCAAGCGGAGUGGGGUCCAAGCUGGCCUACAACGCUGUCGCCAUCUCUCUCGCCUACAUUCAUACGCUUUUAUCAUCCCGCUUACCGUCUUUAUCGCCUUGGCAUCGUGCCGCGCAAGGGGUAUCCGCAGAUGACCUCAAAACCGACGUCACCGCCCUCAUCCCUUUCCUGGCGGAUCAAAAGUCAACAAUUCGGUACACAUCAGCCCGGGAAGCCUACUCGACGGUAUGGGAGAUCAUAGGCACCACCCUGGACCCCGCGCCGCCGCCUGACCUCCUCAUCCGCCUCCUAUCACCUCUCCCUGGCCUGUUGCAUCCGCCGCUCGAUACCGCUUCUUCGCCUCGGUUGCUGCACCUCUUGUCUGACCUGUAUAGGCUGCACAGCUUAUCCCGGGUCGGAGCGGCGGGGAAGAAGCUGGCUUUCUAUGUGGUCGCUCUGAGACAGAUGGGGCGGGCGGAGUGGCUGAAGCUGGAGAGAGAGGUCCAGGGAGAAAUUGGGCGAUUGGAGCGGGAGUAG